AUGGCUUGUGGUCCCAAGAAGCAUCUGGAGUGCAUAGCAGCUCCCAAGCCUUGGAUGCUGGAUAAACUGACAGGUGUAUUUCCUCCUUGUUCGUCUACCAGUCCCCACAAGCUGAGAGGAUAUCUCCCUCUCAUCAUUUUCUCAAGAAACAGAUUGAAGUAUGCCAAGACAGGAGAUGAAGUAAAGAAGAUCUGUAUUCAGCAGUUUAUCAAGAUUGAUAGCAAAGUCUGGACUGAUGUAACCUACCCUGCUGGAUUUAUGGAUGUCAUCAGCAUUGACAAGACCAGAGAGAAUUUGUGUCUUAUCUAUGACAUCAGAGGUCACUUUCCUAUUCAUCAGAUUACACCUGAGAAGGCCAAGUACAAGUUGUGCAAAAUGAGAAAGACCUUUGUGAGCACAAAAGGAAUCCCUCAUUUGGUGAUUCAUGAUGCUUGCACCAUGUGCUAUCCUGAUCCCCUCAUCAAAGUGAAUGGUACCAUUCGGAUUGAUUUGCAGACUGGCAAAAUUACUGAUUUUAUUAAGUUUGACACUGGUAACCUGUGUAUGGUGACUGUAGGUGAUAACUUGGGAAGAAUUGGUGUGAUUACCAACAGAGAGAGUCACUCUGGCUCUUUUGAUGUGGUUAAUGUGAAAGACGCCAAUGGCGACAGCUUUGCCACCCGGCUCUCCAAUAUUUGCAUUAUUGGCAAGGACAACAAACCGUGGCUUUCUCUUCCCGGUGCCUAA